GGAAAGUGACGGAAGUACCAAUGCAACAUGUUGCAAUAAGCUGUAGAGCUGCACACGACAUUGGGCAUUGUUAAAGUGCGUAAAAUGCAGUGUGAAGAGAAUGGGAAAGAUAUGCGAGGCAAAAUUAUGGAUGAAAAUAUUGUGUCAGGAGGUUAUCCGCUGUGGUCGUUCAGUGGCACACUUUCCGAUUUCACUCAGAAUGGACAGGACAGGGAGCUUUUAAACCAAGAUGGAGCUAUUUCUAGCAAUUCUAUGGUCGAUGACUUGGUGGCAAAAAUAUUGGAUGAAGAGUCACUUGUGGGAACUAAUGGACUGAAGGAUACUUUCAAUGGGGAGCCCAGCUUAUACUCUCUUUACAAUGGCAGCUGUCUGUCAGCAAUUGACUGGAACGAUCAGUACCAGAAUGGUAUGAACGGUGCACAACUGAGUUUCCCAAAUAGCUUUAGUGCCCUCGAUGGGAUAAAACUUUCUGAUUUGGAACUACAUAACUCAUCUGGAACAAAAGAUUGUAAUAUUAACAAUGAAUUUCCGUGCAUAGAGCUCCCCAGACUAGACCAGUUGGAUUUUGAUUUAGGCAUACUGUCUCUAGAGGGGAAUGGUGUAAACCAGACUCAAGCUUUGUCUCUUCCUCCUCCUGCACACGCUCGCUUACAGGCUGAAUCAUAUGUGACUCAAGGGUUACCAGAACAUCAACAUAACCAGGAAUCUCAUCAGAAUUUCUGUCAUAUUGACCCUGGGAAAGAUUUAUCAUUAGGAAGUACAUUUACUGGAAAUACUCAGUUAUCACUAUUUUCUUCAUCUGACUCUACUCAGCAAGAUACAGCAGCACAAUCAUUAACAAUUAAUGCUACAGAUCCUGUGAUAUAUGGCCAGGAUUUACCAAAUGAUCAGCAAAUGUAUAAUUAUGUUCAGUUGCUAACUAGAACUGGCAAACUAACAUUUGGACCAGGACAACAACAAGAAUGUUCAAGAUAUGGAAGACAGGGUAUUUCAUCAUUAGAUGCUAUUUCAGCAAGUAUAUCUCCAACUGUAAUUGACAAGAUUAAUCAGUAUCCAGCCAGUAGCAUAUCUCAAAUAGGAACAAAUUAUGCUGCUAAGGAAGAACCUGUUAUAAGUAAUGAAGGUAACUUGACACAUCCAGAUCAUCAGGUCAGUUUGCCACUACCAAAAUUUAAAAAAGUUGUCCAUAAUGCUGCUUCUGACAUUAAGGAAGCUACUGGACAAACACCUUCAGCAUCAUAUUCUGCAAUUGGUUUUCCAAGGAAUCUGACGAGAGGAAAUGGAAACAACCAACAGGCAAUAUCUGUUGGCUGUGGCCCAGACUCGGGAGGCAACACGGGAUAUGUGUACAACAAUACAUCAAGAUUCGGAUCAAGUACCGCAGACAGAAAUGUUAAUUAUCGUUUAAAUGGCAAUGCAAAUGAUGCAGUAAUGAAAAAUGUACAAAGUAGUGGAACUGGUGCAAGUCAUGUUACUUUGAACUGUGCAAGAAAUUCAUCAUUUUCCAAUUCUGCUACAAACUUCAACAGCUUGCUGACACAAUCUUCAGCAAUAGAAAAUGCAAACUAUUUAAAUACUGACAAUCGUGCAUCUAAUUUCCAUCCAUUCCAGUAUGGAAAUGCAUCUCUAACAUUGCAUCAAAUGAUUCCACCUCCACCACUGGAUGGAACAACGUAUCCUCCGGAAUUUUGCACUGAAUUGUUAAAAGCAAGGGCAAAUCUUGGUUAUCUUACCACAUCGGGACCUGUCGGACCAGAUGGGCUACCAGUAUUUGAUGUACCUGGAUUAUUUGGAAUUCCUUCACAUGUUUACGGUUUUCGAUCAGUUAGGCGAAGUGGACCCUCAAGCGAGCUUCAUCUGCGCUUAGAAGAGUGCUAUGAUCAGUUUAAGAGCUUGGAAAAGGAACGAAAGAAAACAGAAGCAGAUUUAGCACGGCACAACCCAGGGAAAAAAGUAUCUUCAGCUAAUAAUAUACCUGUACCUCGAUUACCACCAACACCUUCAAGAGUUGAUCGACUAAUAAUUGAUCAGCUUCGUGAACAUGCAAGGGUAAUAACACUCAUUGCAAAAAUGGAACGUCUUCGUGGUGAAGCUGUUCACUCAAAUAUUCAUGCAUCAAUGGAGGCAUGGCUUGAAGCAAUAAAGAAAGUACAGUCACGCCGUCGAGAUGAAAUAAUUAAUUCUACAAACCGCCAUCACAGUUUUGUAGCAGGGAUUCCCACUCCACGAAUUCAAGAAGACAAAGAUAUUUUGGCAUUGGCAGCCAGCAUUCAAGAGUUAAGCAUUGCUUCCAAGAAAGCUCGUACUGGUAUGUGGUGUGCCCUAGAAACAACACUUCUUAGCCAGGGCGAGAAAAGUGAUGAGGCUCUGCAAGAUACAGAUAAUAAUCCACCAAAUACCGAUAUGAAGAAGUAAUAUAAAGUUUGUCUACACUGCUUUAAUCAGUCUGAUUUUGUAUCUGGAUAUGAUUCUUCUUGAAGUCUGUUCUAAGUUAUGUAAUUAUUUAUUAAU